AUGCGGUCUUCUUUCGUUCAGACUGCUAUCUCUUUGAAUUUUGUUGGGUCCGCAUUAUCAUCUAUCUUCGUGCCACAUGCUAUAGAAAAGAGAGCUGUGGUAGUCCCUAAUACACUUCCUGGAACAUGGAAAUAUCAAGGAUGUUAUACAGAGAAUGGACCGCGUACUCUUUCGGGGCCGGGUACCACCAGCAAUACUCUGAUGACUGCUGAGUACUGUAUAGCAUUUUGUGAGAGUCAAAAGAUGCUUUAUGCUGGUACAGAGUACUCAAGCGAAUGCUUCUGUGGAAACUCAAUUGGCUCAACUGGAGCUGUUGCACCUCUGACUGAUUGCAACAUGCCCUGCAGUGGCAAUAGUACCCAGGCUUGCGGUGGUGGAAAUAGAUUGACAGUAUUUUGGAACGGACAAAAGCCACCUCCAGGACCUUCCACUAAUCCCGGAGUGGACAAUUAUGGUUUCUUCGGUUGUUAUACGGAGGGUGUCAAUGGCCGUGCACUUGGAAAUGGAGUUGCUAUGCCUGGUGGUAAAGCAACUGUUGCUUUGUGUAUUGCAGCAUGUAAGGCAUCAGGCUUCUCGAUGGCUGGUAUAGAGUACGCGAAUGAAUGCUACUGCGGAAAUGCUUUCCAGAACAACCCAGUAAUUGCACCUGGUGGUCUUUCUGACUGCAACAUGCUGUGUGGUGGCAACAGCAGUGAAUACUGUGGCGCUGGAAAUCGUCUUGAUGUCUACAAGCAAGGCUAUCUUGGCUCUGGCUCGACUGUCUCCUCAGUGACAGUUUCAACUACUAUACCCGGUUCUUCCAGCUCGACUGUUGUACCGACCGUUCCAACCACGACCCCCGUGGGUACUACAAGCACGAAACCUACUUCUGCCUCUUCUUCAGUCCCGACAUCCGCGGCUACAGGCCUCCCAACUGGCUGGAAAUAUGCUGGAUGUUAUAGUGAAGGAACCAGUGGACGCGCUCUUACGAAUCAGCUCGCUGGCGGUAACACAAACAGUGUCGAGAAUUGUGUUAAAGCAUGUGUGGCUGCUGGUUACUCCGUAGCUGGUAUGGAGUACUCGGAGCAGUGCUUUUGCGAUAACAGUGUGAGAAACGGAGGAGCAUCUGCGCCUGAGACCGACUGCAACAUGAAUUGCCCUGGCAACACUGCCCAGAAAUGUGGUGCGGGAAAUCGCCUCAGUCUUUAUUAUACCGGCACUUUGACAACUUAUCAACCGCCUGGAGCUCAGACUACCGGCCUUCCUGGAAACUGGGUAUACCAGGGCUGCUACAGCGACAAUGUGGGUGGCAAGAGAGCCUUGUUCUGGCAGAGCAACAGUGCAACAAACAAUUCGGCUACCUCAUGCCUUACUAAGUGCUCUGAUUUUGGUUACAUGGCUGCUGGUAUGCAAUAUGGCCAGGAAUGUUAUUGUGGGGAUGAUGACAAGGCCAUUGCCGCUGGCUCGACCAAGCAACCAGAAGCGGACUGUCAAGUUCCUUGCCCUGGAGCCCCCCAAUAUCGUUGUGGUGGCAACAACCGAAAUUCUUACUACAAAUGGGUCGGUAAUGACAUCUACAACUGGGCCAAACCUACAGGGGCAGGCGCUGGCUCUUAUCAAUACCUCAUUGGUGGAGUUGUCAUUCCUCUGAUCACCACAGUGGGCAUCAACAAAAAGAUAGUUUUCAUGGAGAAAUCUGGGACCGGUGCCCCAAACACGACAGGUACUUACGAGCUUGAUCUCACCUUCAUCAACGACGUCUCAAAAGCAUGGAGACCUCUUCAUGUCAAGAGUGAUAUUUUCUGUGCAGCUGGAAUCACGCUUCCUGAUAAGGCUGGAAGACAGUUGAAUAUCGGCGGUUGGUCCGGUGCUUCCACAUACGGAGUCCGACUCUAUACACCCGAUGGAUCACCUGGUGUUGCUGGGAAGAACGACUGGCAAGAGAAUGUCGCCGAAGUUACUCUGAAAGCAGGUCGAUGGUAUCCUUCUGCUAUGGUUAUGACCAAUGGUUCCGUCCUUGUCCUUGGAGGAGAAGUUGGUUCCAACGCUGCGCCAGUGCCUUCUUGUGAAAUUCUGCCACCACCACCAGGAGGCUACGCAAAAUACCUCGAUUGGCUUGAGCGUACGGAUCCAAACAACUUAUAUCCCUUCAUGUUCGUUUUGCCAAGCGGUGGUAUCUUUGUUGUCUACUACAACGAAGCAAGAAUCCUGAGCGAGGUAACAUUUGACACUAUCAAGACUCUUCCAAAUCUUCCGGGUUCAGUCAUCAAUCCUCUCGCAGGUCGAACAUAUCCUCUCGAAGGUACCGCCGUUAUGUUGCCUCAAUACGCCCCUUUCACCGCACCGGUAACUGUUAUGGUGUGUGGUGGGUCUGCUAACACGGCUUCUUAUGCAAUUGACAAUUGUGUUUCGACACAGCCAGAAGUCGGAUCACCAACAUGGGCUCUUGAGCGUAUGCCCUCACAACGUGUGAUGUCCUGCAUGUGUGCUCUUCCAGAUGGAACUUUCCUCAUUCUCAAUGGUGCUACUCAGGGUGUUGCAGGCUUCGGUCUUGCAACAGGACCAAAUCUUGGUGCCGUUCUUUACGAUCCAAGUAAACCAUUCAAUCAGCGUAUGUCAAUCAUGGCAAACACGAUCGUCGCUCGUCUUUAUCACUCCGAAGCCAUUCUCAUGCCUGACGGUCGUGUUAUGGUCUCCGGCUCAGACCCAGAAGAUGGAACUAACCCCCAAGAAUAUCGAGUCGAGGUCUUCAGCCCACCUUACGCACUCAACGGUCAGGCCAAGCCAUCGUUCACAAUCACCACCGCCAACAAAGACUGGGGAUAUGGAUCUUCUGCCCAGAUCACUGCUAAGAUCCCAUCUGGUAAUCUCGGGGCUGUCAGAGUUUCCUUGAAUGCCGCAGUAUCCUCCACCCACGGAAACUCUAUGGGUCAACGAACACUCUUCCCAGCUGUCUCCUGUACUGGUGCCGCUACCGCUGCAACUUGUACCAUCACUACACCACCAUCCGCUGGUGUUGCCCCUCCUGGAUGGUAUAUGCUCUUCGUUCUCGAUGGUCCUACACCCGGUGAAGCAGAAUGGGUUCGAAUCGGUGGAGCUAUUGCUGAUGCUGCCAAUCUUGGUAACUGGCCACCAACUACUGGCUCGUUCAGCCAUCCUGGUACUGGCGCUGUUGGCUCAUAA